AUUGUCUACCCAUCGGCCUGGACCCCAGAGCCCACCCAGCUGAUCAGAGGGCCCCCGGUGCGGGGCAACGCUUGGGCUGCUGCAGAGACCACCCUGGAGACGCUGGUGAAGACAGGUCUUUCCUGCUAAGCCGGGCCUGUCUGCACGGCCUGCUCAGGCGCUGUCCACGCCCCGAGGCCUGGGCUCAGGCCGAAGUUGCUCCACAGCACCCGCAGCUGACAGUCAGCAACUGGCAGAGCCCCCAGGCACGGGGGCCCUCUCCCUCCCAGAGAUUUCCAGUGUGACAGCCCAGGCGGCAGAGCCGAGGGUCCUGGUCCCGGCUUCUCGCACCCUCAUGUCAGCCCCGGCCCCGCCCGGUGGCCCGCGGAGGACAAGGUCAGGAUGCGUGUGAAGCCCCAGGGCCUGGUGGUGACUUCCAGUGCCGUGUGCAGCUCUCCUGACUACCUCCGGGAGCCCAAGUACUACCCCGGCGGCCCCCCCACCCCCCGGCCCUUGCUUCCUACCCGGCCCCCCGCCAGCCCACCUGACAAGGCCUUCUCCACCCACACCUUCUCCGAGAACCCACGUCCGCCCCCACGCCGGGACCCCAGCACCCGGCGCCCACCAGUCCUUGCCAAGGGGGACGACCCGCUGCCCCCACGGGCAGCCCGUCCUGUCUCACAGGCCCACUGCCCCACACCGGCCGGAGACGGCAGCAGCUCCCGACGCCACUGGGACAACGGGCGGGUGAACCUGCGUCCAGUGGUGCAGCUGAUAGACAUCAUGAAGGACCUGACACGGCUCUCCCAGGACCUGCAGCACAGUGGUGUGCACCUGGACUGUGGCAGGCUCCGGCUCAGCCGCCCGCCCGCCCCACCGCCCGGCGACCUACAGUACAGCUUCUUCUCUUCACCCAGCCUGGCCAACAGCAUCCGCAGCCCUGAGGAGCGGGCCACCCCCCAUGCCAAGUCAGAGCGGCCCAGCCACCCCCUCUACGAGCCUGAGCCUGAGCCUAGGGACAGUCCCCAGCCUGGCCAAGGCCACAGUCCUGGAGCCACGGCCGCGGCCACUGGUCUGCCCCCAGAGCCUGAACCAGAUGGCCCUGACUACUCAGAACUCGCUGAUGCCGACAUCCUCAGUGAGCUGGCCUCCCUUACUUGCCCUGAGGCCCAGCUGCUAGAGGCCCAGGCCCUCGAGCCACCGUCACCUGAGCCGGAGCCUCAGCUCCUGGACCCUCAGCCCCGCUUCCUGGACCCACAGGCACUAGAGCCGCUCGGGGAAGCUUUGGAGCUGCCACCCCUGCAGCCUCUUGCUGAUCCUCUGGGGCUGCCUGGCCUGGCCCUCCAGGGCCUGGAUUCCCUGCCUGACUCCCUGGAGUCACAGCUGCUUGACCCCCAGGCACUUGACCCCCUACCCAAGUUGCUUGACGUCCCAGGUCGCCGUCUAGAGCCCCAACAGCCCCUGGGGCACUGCCCACUGGCCGAGCCCUUGCGCCUGGACUUGUGCUCACCCCAUGGCCCCCCUGGGCCCGAGGGUCACCCCAAGUAUGCCUUGCGGCGCACUGAUAGGCCAAAGAUCCUGUGUCGCCGGCGGAAAGCCGGACGAGGGCGUAAGGCAGAUGCCGGACCCGAGGGCCGCCUGCUGCCCCUGCCUAUGCCCACAGGGCUGGUGGCUGCCCUGGCUGAGCCCCCACCGCCGCCACCUCCACCACCUCCUGCCCUACCAGGCCCAGGCCCAGUCCCAGAGCUGGAGCCAGAAUCUUCCCAGACCCCAGUGGUCCCUACCCGCAAAGGCAAGUGCCGGGGCGUGCGGCGCAUGGUGGUGAAGAUGGCGAAGAUCCCUGUGUCGCUGGGGCGGCGGAACAAGACCACAUACAAAGUGUCAUCCUUGAGCAGCAGCCUGAGUGUGGAGGGCAAGGAACUGGGCCUGCGCGUGUCGGCAGAGCCCACCCCGCUGCUGAAGAUGAAGAACAACGGGCGGAAUGUGGUGGUGGUCUUCCCGCCUGGUGAGAUGCCCAUUAUUCUCAAGCGUAAGCGCGGUCGCCCUCCUAAGAACCUGCUCCUGGGUCCUGGCAAGCCCAAGGAGCCAGCCGUGGUGACAGCUGAGGUGGCCACUGUGACAGCAGCCACCAUGGCCAUGCCAGAGGUAAAGAAACGACGGCGGCGGAAGCAGAAGCUGGCAUCUCCCCAGCCGUCCUAUGCAGCGGACGCCAACGACAGCAAGGCCGAGUACUCAGACGUCCUCGCCAAGCUGGCCUUCCUGAAUCGCCAGAGCCAGUGUGCUGGACGGUGCUCGCCACCCCGCUGCUGGACACCCAGCGAGCCCGAGUCAGUGCACCAGGCCCCCGACACCCAGAGCAUCUCCCACUUCCUGCACCGUGUGCAGGGCUUCCGGCGGCGUGGGGGCAAAGCAGGCGGUUUUGGUGGCCGGGGUGGGGGCCAUGCAGCCAAGGCAGCCCGAUGCUCCUUCAGUGACUUCUUUGAGGGCAUUGGCAAGAAAAAGAAGGUGGUGGCAGUGGCAGCUGCUGGGGUUGGGGCCCCUGGCCUCACCGAGUUGGGGCACCCACGCAAACGGGGCCGGGGGGAGGUGGACGCUGUGACUGGGAAGCCCAAGCGCAAGAGGCGGUCCCGGAAGAAUGGGACUCUGUUCCCAGAGCAGGUGCCCAGUGGCCCAGGCUUUGGGGAGGUGGGCACCGAGUGGGCCGGGGACAAGGGUGGCGGCUGGGCCCCUCACCAUGGGCACCCAGGCGGGCAAGCUGGCCGAAACUGUGGGUUCCAGGGGACUGAAGCCCGGGCCUUUGCCUCCGCUGGGCUGGAGAGCGGAGCCUCAGGCCGUGGCAGCUACUACGGCACAGGCGCACCCUCAGGCCAGACCGAGCUCAGCCAGGAACGCCAAAACCUCUUCACUGGCUAUUUUCGCUCACUGCUUGAUUCGGAUGAUUCCUCCGACCUCUUGGACUUUGCCCUCUCAGCCUCUCGCCCAGAGUCCCGGAAGGCAUCGGGCACCUAUGCGGGGCCUCCCACCAGUGCCCUGCCUGCCCAGCGGGGCCUGGCCACCUUUCCCAGCCGAGGAGCCAAGGCCAGCCCAGUGGCAGUGGGUAGCAGUGGGGCUGGGGCAGACCCCUCCUUCCAACCCGUCCUGCCCGCUCGCCAGACCUUCCCACCAGGACGGGCAGCGAGCUAUGGGAUAACUCCAGCAACUUCAGACUGCCGGGCGGCUGAGACCUUCCCAAAGCUGGCUCCCCCGCCUUCAGCUGUGGCCCGCUCACCUACAACCCACCCGCCCGCCAACACCUACCCUCCCCAGUAUGGCGGCUACGGGGCUGGACAAAGCGUAUUCGCCCCGGCUAAGCCCUUCACGGGCCAGGACUGUGCUAACAGCAAGGACUGCAGCUUCGCCUACGGCAGUGGCAGCAGCCUCCCUGCCUCACCCAGCAGUGCCCACAGCGCUGGCUACGCCCCACCGCCUACUGGGGCCCCCUGCCUGCCACCAAGCAAGGCCUCCUUCUUCAACAGUUCUGAGGGGGCCCCCUUCUCUGGUUCAGCCCCCACACCCCUGCGCUGUGACAGCCGGGCCAGCACUGUCUCGCCCGGUGGCUACAUGGUGCCCAAGGGCACCACAGCCUCUGCCACCUCUGCAGCCUCUGCCGCCUCCUCCUCCUCCUCCUCCUUCCAGCCCUCGCCUGAGAACUGUCGGCAGUUUGCGGGGGCUUCUCAGUGGCCUUUCCGGCAGGGCUAUGGAGGCCUGGACUGGGCCUCAGAGGCCUUUAGUCAGCUCUACAAUCCCAAUUUCGACUGCCACGUCAGCGAGCCCAACGUGAUCCUGGACAUCUCCAACUACACGCCACAGAAGGUGAAGCAGCAGACGGCCGUGUCCGAGACCUUCUCCGAGUCGUCCUCUGACAGCACCCAGUUCAAUCAGCCAGUUGGUGGCGGCGGGUUCCGGCGUGCCAACAGCGAGGCCUCAAGCAGUGAGGGCCAGUCGAGCCUGUCCAGCCUGGAGAAACUGAUGAUGGACUGGAAUGAGGCAUCAUCCGCCCCCGGCUACAACUGGAACCAGAGUGUCCUCUUCCAGAGCAGCUCCAAGCCGGGCCGUGGACGGCGGAAGAAGGUGGACCUGUUCGAGGCCUCACAUCUGGGCUUCCCGACGUCUGCCUCGGCCGCUGCCUCAGGCUACCCGUCUAAACGGAGCACCGGGCCCCGGCAGCCACGGGGUGGACGGGGUGGUGGGGCCUGCUCAGCCAAGAAGGAGCGGGGUGGUGCAGCGGCCAAAGCCAAGUUCAUCCCCAAGCCACAGCCAGUCAACCCGCUGUUCCAGGACAGUCCAGACCUCGGCCUGGACUACUACAGUGGGGACAGUAGCAUGUCACCACUGCCCUCACAGUCGAGGGCCUUUGGCGUGGGAGAGCGAGACCCCUGUGACUUCAUGGGACCCUAUUCCAUGAACCCAUCCACGCCUUCUGAUGGCACCUUCGGCCAAGGCUUCCACUGCGACUCGCCCAGCCUGGGUGCUCCCGAGCUCGACAGCAAGCAUUUCCCGCCGCUGGCCCACCCGCCCACGGUGUUUGAUGCUGGCCUGCAGAAGGCGUACUCACCCACCUGCUCGCCCACACUGGGCUUCAAGGAAGAGCUGCGGCCGCCGCCCACAAAGCUGGCUGCCUGCGAGCCCCUCAAGCAUGGGCUCCAGGGAGCCAGCCUGGGCCACGCAGCUGCAGCCCAGGCCCACCUGAGCUGCCGGGACUUGCCUCUGGGCCAGCCCCACUACGACUCCCCCAGCUGCAAGGGCACAGCUUACUGGUACCCACCAGGCUCAGCUGCCCGCAGCCCACCCUACGAAGGCAAGGUGGGUGCUGGGCUGCUGGCUGACUUCCUGGGCAGGACGGAGGCCGCGUGCCUCAGUGCCCCCCACCUGGCUAGCCCACCGGCCACGCCCAAGGCUGACAAGGAGCCACUGGAGAUGGCCCGGCCACCUGGCCCACCCCGUGGCCCUGCUGCAGCUGCUGCUGGCUAUGGCUGCCCACUCCUUAGUGACUUGACCCUGUCCCCCGUGCCGAGGGACUCGCUGCUGCCCCUGCAGGACACCGCCUACAGGUAUCCAGGCUUUAUGCCACAGGCGCAUCCCGGCCUGGGUGGGGGCCCCAAGAGCGGCUUCCUGGGGCCCAUGGCGGAACCUCACCCUGAGGACACAUUCACCGUCACCUCCCUGUAGUGCCAACUGAAGUGCCGACUGGACCGCGAGGUUUUGUUCCUGGCUUUCAGAAAACCAACGCCAAGACCCCUCCCCGCGUCCACAUCGUCCUCUGGCAGGAGCGCCUGCCCCUCUGUCUGCCACCCUGCCCCUCUGCACCCCCCACAGCCCCAUCUCCCCCUACCCCUUCUUGCCCAUCUCCUCCACGCAGAAGCCGAAGGUGAGCCCUUUCUGCACAAAACCAGCAAUUGUAAAUACUUUUUAAAAAUGUACAAAACUUAAAAACAAAACACAGUUUUAGAAAAA